AUGGCAAGGGCUGUGCGGCGAUGGGUGGGCCGAGGUCGUGGUGGAGGCUUGGGCUGCAGGGGCUGUGCGGCGGUGGGUGGGCCGGGGUCUUUGUGGAGGCGGGGGCUGGGGUUGUGCGGCGGUGGGUGGGCCGGGGUCGUGGUGGAGGCGGGGGCUGCAGGGCUGUGCGACGGAGGUUUGCAGGGGCUGUGCGGCGGCGGUGUUGGGCCGGAUCUAGGGUUGGUGGGGGCGGAGUUAGGGUUUGAUCGAGAUCUAAGAGAUACUUUUAUGACCAGGUCUAUGAAUCUGAAAACUUACACCCGAGGAGCAAACCGAGUUACGGCAAUAAUUCACACGGCAGCGCCGGUGGUGACGGUGGUGGUGGAGGUCACCAUUAUGGUCCAAGUGGUGGGAGAUAUACAUGCUGUGAAAAAUGCUAUUGCAAUAAUUUCUUCUCGCUUGAGGGAAAGCCAGCAUCGUGACAGAAGCAAUUUUAAUAAUAACAAUAAUAAUAAUAACAACAACAAUAAUAAUAACAAUAAUAAUCGACUACAUUCACCGGACCGUUUCUACACAGCGGAUGAUGAUUUCCAUGCAAACAAUACAACAAGACGAUCAUCUGCAGAAGGGCCUGGUUUUGGAUCGAGAUAUUCUGCUGGAUCAAGGGGCAAUAACUACUCUUCACGUUCGUCUGUAUUCAACACUGAAUUUGGACCUUCUACUGUAGCUGAAAAUGCUCAAUCUUUUUCCGGCGAGGGUCUUGUGUUUCGCAUACUUUGCCCCGUUGAUAAGAUUGACCUUGUUGUUGGUGACUCAGAUGGGAUUGUGGAUUUGCUUCAAAAUGAAAUAGGUGUCGAUGUUGAUGUUUCUGAUCCCGUUUCUGGCUCGCAUGAGCAUGUUAUAAUCAUAUCAUCCGACGAGGGUCCUGACGAUGAGUUGUUUCCUGCACAAGAAGCUUUGCUGCAUAUUCAAACACGCAUCGUUGAUCUUGUUCCCGAAAGAGAAAACGUUAUCACCACUCGGUUACUUUUGCAAUCCGAUGAAAUUGGUUCGUUAAUUGAGAUGGGGAAAAUAGGGGGUGCUAAUAUAAAGAUCCUGCCAAGAGAAGAACUUCCUGCGGGAGUUUCAGUAACAGAUGAAAUUGUAGAGAUAAUCGGGGAGAUCAAAGCUGCUCGAGAGGCUCUUGUGGCGAACAGAAAAUCUGUACAGUUCGUCACUAGGAGUACACUAGAGAUUGUUAUACCGCCACAUGCAGCAUCCGAACUCGUAAAAAAAUCAAGAAAGCUGGCUUUGAUUAGUGAGCUAUCGGGAGCCAAUGUGAAACUGAUUGAUGAUAGACCAGAGUCCACAGAGAAGAUAAUACAAAUAUCGGGUACUCCAGAACAAGCCGAGAGAGCUCAGAGUUUGCUUCAAGGCUUUAUUUUGAGCACUGAAGAAGAUGGUCCGUAAGUGUCGUGACGUUGUCGACAAUUGUCGUUGGUAAAAUUGUUUGAAUUUUCCGGAUAGCACGCCUUAAAGGUUUAUCGUAUUGCUUCGUUGUUGCGGCUGGGGUAGGGGUAAUCCUCUACAUUUUCACUAGCAAUUCCCAGUAGAAUUGUACAAAAAAUGUACUACUAGCAAAAUGUUUUCGACUUGACGGUUACUUGUAUUAAUCUAUGUAUCGAUUUCGUGUAUGCCUUUGUUGGCUUG